AUGGAUUUUAACCUUCUGACGGACAGUGAAGCCCGUAGCCCGGCACUGUCGCUCUCGGACUCCGGGACUCCUCAGCACGAUCAGGGAUGCAAAGGUCAAGACAACAGCGACAACGAAAAGUCCCAUCAGAACCAGACGGAUGAGUCGAAUCCAGAGGACGGUUCGCUGAAGAAGAAACAGCGCAGACAGAGAACCCAUUUUACCAGCCAGCAGCUCCAGGAGCUGGAGGCCACCUUCCAGAGGAACCGUUACCCAGACAUGAGCACGCGAGAGGAGAUCGCCGUGUGGACCAACCUUACAGAGGCGCGAGUACGGGUAUGGUUUAAGAACCGUCGUGCCAAGUGGAGAAAGAGAGAGAGGAACCAGCAGGCCGAGCUGUGCAAGAACGGCUUCGGCGCCCAGUUCAACGGACUCAUGCAGCCGUACGACGACAUGUACUCGGGCUACUCCUACAACAACUGGGCCACCAAGAGCCUGGCGAGCAGCCCGCUGUCGGCCAAGAGCUUCCCCUUCUUCAACUCCAUGAACGUCAGCCCCCUGUCCUCCCAGCCCAUGUUCUCCCCACCGAGCUCCAUCUCCUCCAUGAACAUGGCCUCGUCCAUGGUUCCCUCGGCCGUGGCGGGAGUCCCCGGCUCAGGCCUCAACAACCUGGGCAACCUCAACAACCUCAACAGCCCAACGCUCAACUCGGCGGCGGUGUCCGCCGCGGCCUGCCCGUACGCCACCACGGCGAGCCCGUACAUGUACAGAGACACUUGUAACUCCAGCUUGGCCAGUCUCCGGCUCAAGGCGAAGCAACACGCCAAUUUCGCCUACUCGGCCGUGCAGAACCCGGUGUCCAACCUAAGCCCCUGCCAGUACGCGGUGGAUCGGCCAGUAUGA